UCCCGGAAAGCCAGGCGGCGCUAUCGCUGGGCAGCAGUGCAAAGGGGGCAGACAGAGACGGCGCUCCCUCGGCAAGCCCACCACCUACAAUGACGAGGCCUGUAGCGGUCAGAAAGGCACUCUCCCUCGGUCCACCACUGCGCACCGACGACGACGACGAUGGCGAGAAUGAAGGUGACGAGAAUGGGGGGACAGCGAAGCCUGGCACGGCAACAGAGACAAGGGGGCCAGAGACGCGGCCGGCUGCGGCCAUGCGAAGGGAGAGUUCAUCACCAGGCCAUCACGAGCUCCGUUCUGUCGCCAAGCCAGAGCCCCUUCCUGCCAGACUGGCUUCGCGAAGGCGUAGUCGACGACAACGAGGACGAGAUCAAGCCCAAGGAGCUCAAGGCAGACGAGGUCGAUCACAAGCGCGGCAUAAGGAAGGUGGCGAUGAUGCAGACGAGGACAGAAGCCCCUUCAUGUCCGGCAUCGGGCAUGAGAAGCCCAUCGACGCCCGUGCUCGACGAUACCGUGCUGGCAGAAGAGGUCGACAUGGAGCUGAGACGAAGAAGGGAGCAGGAAAAGGCGACUAAGGAAAGGAUGGAUAAGCGGACGCUGAGCAAUGACACCAACGCCCUGCGCGGAGGAGGGGCCAGGGCAAUGAUGAGACAGCUCGAGGAGGCCGAAAAGAAGGAGAGGCGCGCCGACUUGCAGAGGAGACGGUCCAGCGAGACGCAUAUACACCGUCCCAAGGUCUCUUCGCCUCCUUCGAAGGAGCCUGAGCCUGUCCCUGUCCAGAUGGGUGCCGUGAAAGACGUACCGGCAAAGCCAUUCACGCCACCACCUAGAUUGAACUCACCCGAUGUCAUGGUCAGCCAGCCCCCCAUCAAACGCACGCAGUCACCCUUGGAGGCUCUCCGGGCGCGGAGUCCUUUCAAGAGGACAGACUCGAGCAACUCUAACGAAGGUCGUUCGACGCCACCAGCUGUGGAGAACGCCACGUCCUCCUCCCCUCAUUCGUCUUCUCCCUUGAAGAAGUCAGCACCUCUGCCAGCGGAGAGCCGACCGGCUGCUGAAGUAGCCAAGGCGACCUCUGGUGCUGCUAUCGAGAAGACAGGAUCGACUUCUGACCAGCCUUCACUCCUGAUCCGACGAGAGCUCUCGCUAGGCAUUCCCUUGCACAAUGCCCGAAGCGGCAGCGGCUCUCCCUCUCUACAGCUUCCGCAAGCAGGAGGAACAGGGUCGUCACGAGGAUCCUCUUCUUCUCAUAAAGGCAAAGAGGCUAUAGAGACCCCAUCGGACAGCAGCAGCAGCUUAGUUAAGGACAGUGGCAGCCUACGGCAACCGCACGCACGGUCUCACGCAAGCCUUCCUCGAUAUGGCUCUCCGCUAGGUGGUGCAGAGCCGAGUCUGGGCAUGCGACCCGAUCCCGCAAAGGUUUCGAGGCGGCACUCGGCUUUCGUUGGCAAUGGAAACGGCACUGUCCCAGGUACUUCAUCGCCCUUGGCAUCAAGCGGUCGACAUAGCGACGAGGUUGAUAGGAGAGGAGCAGCGAGCAGCAGCAGUGGGCUGCACACGGUCAAGGCUCCCCAGAUCAGCGAGGAAGCGGCAGCAAGACGCGAGCGGGAAAGGGGCGACUCAAAGCUUGGUCGUGCAAAGACGUGGGGCCAUAGCCUCUUUGGCAAGAUGCGGCCGUGAUAGAUGACCUCACUUUCUUUGUGCAUUCCCCUGCCUGCUCCUAUCCACUGUUGUAAAGAUAUUGCUGAGAUAAUCUCAUCUCGUUUUCUCGUCCUCUGGCAGUGUCUGAUGAUGGUGGCCAAUACUGUGAGUGGCAGAUAGCCACAAUGCAAGCAUUUUUCCAGCGGGUCUGUCUGUUCGUGGAUAUCUGCGUCCAGGAACCCAAUAAUUAGCCAAGCUAGGAACA